AGAAAAUCCAAGAUAUUUAUUGUUCUUCAGAAUAACGAUACCGGAUGUGUGUGGUGAUCGAUGUUGAAAUGGUGGACUAGCGGAGAUCGUGUGGCUCGUUGGGAAGCCAGUGAUACCCUAAGCAUGAGCCUUUGUGGUUCAAAGCUCGGCCAAACCACGACGGUCCUAAUUUUAUUCAUUCUCUCAGGGCUGGUCCUAACUGUGACAGGGCAAACAAGUGCACCCAGCCUCUGCUCGCCACCUGAUGUAGAAGGUGGUGGGUCAGUAAGUUUUUCCCCCAACCAGACUUGCUAUGAUGAAGGUUCAUCCGUGAACGUCACCUGUAGUGGAUACCUGUUCGGAGUAAAAGAAAUUGGAGAGUGCUUUGAUGGAUACUGGUUAACACCGCAGCAACCAACAUGCGAAGAAUCAAGUUGCCCAGUGCCCACAGAUCCCCAGAACGGCUCACUAAGCCCAUCGGGUAGUAACUCCUUAUACGAUGAGAUUGAAUACUCCUGUGACGAAGGCCUCUUCCUUGAUGGUCCCAGCAUGGCAGUGUGUACCGGGACGGGGCAGUGGUCUCCAAAUACUAUACCAACAUGCUCUGGGAACUGCACGAUUCCUGUUAUUUCCAAUGGCCAAGGUACCUCAUCUGAUGACGUACUUCAAGAAGGGAGUCAACUGACUAUCACGUGUUCGGAUGGCUAUUCUCUGAUUGGUAUAGCCAAUGUAACGUGCCACAGUGAGGAAUGGAAUCCGGAAGUUGGGGAGUGUUUAGCGAAUUGCCCCUCACCGGACGUUGCGAAUUCGGACUUUGCAACUAACCAGGGGGAGACCAACCAUGGCGAUUACAUCAUUCUCACCUGCGACGAGGGUUUUACUUCCGGUUCAGGGGAAAACGUGUCUGAGCCUUUGACCUGCGGGAAUGGUACUUGGGAUACAGAUGUAUACUGUUAUGCUAAUUGCCCAUCGAUCUCGCCCCCUGACGAUGGAUUCGCUAACAGUCUCGUCGAGCCGUUCUAUCAUGGUCGUAUCGUGACAUUUAACUGCAGCAUCGGGUUCACUUUGGUUGGGGAUACCAAUUCGACGUGUAAUGAUGGAAGCUGGACAAAUGCCGUUCCCGAGUGCAAAGCCGACUGCUUGGUGCCUUACAUUGAGAACUCAAACCUGAACGACACGACGAAUAGCACGUACGUUCCACACGGUAGUUCAACGAUGGUUACCUGUUACGAUGGCUUUACGUUCGGGUUCGGAUCUGACUUCGAUGGCACUCUUACAUGUGAUGAUGGGGUUAUUGAUAGCUCCGGAAUAGAAUGCCUCGAGAAUUGUGCAAGUCCCACAGUGCCGAAUUCUAACCUGGCAAACCAAACCAACGUAUUUCCAUAUGGAGCGUCACUUGUCGUUGAAUGUGACGAUGGCUUCAGUUCUGGAUCCGGAUCGUUAAAGGACGAACUACUCGUCUGCGAAGGCGGCUCUUGGAAUGACAGUGUAUACUGCUACGAAAAUUGCCCCAAUAUAUCAGCACCAGAUGGAGGAAAUAUGUUUCCCGAUCCCGCAUCAUUUUACCACUCAAACUUGGUCUACUUCAACUGCAGCGAGACCUAUCUCUUCGUCGGCCAACCUAAUCUUACUUGCGAUAACGGUACUUGGUCCGAUCCUGUACCAGACUGCAAGGCAAGCUGUGUAGGGCCCGAUGUGGAAAACUCAAAUUUUGCCAAUUCGACUGUCUUGACCCAACACGGUGACUUCGUUGAGGUGCAGUGCGAUGACGGAUUCACUUCCGGUACCGGGGAUGAGGCGGAAGAGGUCGUAUACUGUGAUGAUGGUGGUUUCAACAGGACUGUUUAUUGCUAUGAAAAUUGCCCGAAUAUAACCGGGAUCGAGAACGGAAUAGUGGAAUUAUCCGGACCUCCUCAUUUCUACGGGGACAGUGUCAAUUUCACCUGUCUCACAAACUAUACACUCGAUGGUAAUCAGACGAUCACGUGUCUCGAUGGCGAAUGGAGUUCGAACUUCCCAGAGUGCAAAGCGGACUGCCGAGAUCCAGGCACACCUGUCAAUGGUAGCCAGGUCGCAAAUUCCUCGUACUCACACGGAGGACAGGUCUCUUUCGAAUGCGAUCCCGGAUUCGAUAUCCUAGGCUCGGAGACGAUAACUUGCGACAAUGGAACAUGGUCAGGUCUUGUCCCGAUUUGUGCAGAAUCCACCCUGGUCGAUCAAAUAACCCUGACUUGCGCGUAUGAUAGCUUUACGGUACAAGUUCCAUACGCUUUGCUGGACGGGCUGACCCCGGAACAACUCGUGUUGGAGAACAAUGUGAACUGUACUGGGGUGAACGAUUCCUCGGGUGUAGUCAACAUCACCUCCAAGCUUGGAGAUUGUGGGACUGAACUCAUCGAAGAAACGGACUCUGAUGGCGUUGACACGACAUACUACGACAUCUACAAGAAUCGUGUCAUAGCGUACUCGCCAACUGGUGUGCUUUCUGGCCCUGAAGUUGACUUACCCCUCACCUGCACAUACGAUCGUGAACGACUUCUUGAUGGAGUCAAAUACCAACUCAACAACUACACCAUAUCCCGAUCCCUCGCCGAAGACGGCACUUAUCAGUUCUUGUUCGCUGUCUACGAGGACGAGAGCUUCGACAUCGUCGUCGACGACAGUGUCGUUUACGUAGAUUUGGGAGAGGAUGUGUUUUUCGGAGUUUCGUUGAUGGGCGCUGGAGGGACGCUCCGGGUCAACGCCCGGACUUGCUGGGCGACCCCCUCCUCCCAGUCGACGGAUAAUAUCCGUUGGGAAUUGGUCGCCAAUGGAUGUCCGAAGGAUGAUGCUUUCCUUUUCUAUGAAGAUGACACACGUGCUCUUUUCAGUUUGUCAAGUUUUCGAUUUCUAAACGAAGGUGACUCGGUAUAUAUCCAUUGUGACGUAUUGGUGUGUGAGCUGUCUAAUUCGCAGUGUAAUAAUCCCUGGGAAGAUUGCUCUGGUUCGAGCAGUAGACGACGAAGGAGAAGUGCUGCACAUAUUGGCCCAACUAAGAAAAAGAGGUUGAGAGUUGGGCCGUUCAGACGAAUAGAAUCAUCGUACUCGUACAGUCGUCAUGUUUUGCCGGAUUCCUCGCAACGCGAAGGGUUGCCCUCUGUAGCCGGAUCUCUUACAGCUUAUAUCGUCAUCAUUGUGAGUUUAGCUGCAAUAUGCUUGGUCCUCAUCGCCAGUCUUUCAUUUGUAACCACGAAGUUGCUCAUGGCGAGAACAAAGUAACGACCGUUGAUCAGCAACGUUUACUAAUACCACCUGUAUUAGAUUGAACUGAAAUCGGUAUAUGGUCAACCAUUUUCCAGAUGGAUGCGAUUUGAUGAUGCUUGCGUUGCUGCGCAUGAUCAGAUCAAAUUGUAAGAACGAUAAAAACAGAACAACAUUGGUUCCAGGAGUGUAAUGAUGACAAGCAGGAAAGUCGUCACUUCAUCGCGCCUUUUUUCUGAGCAUGCAGGUCUCUUUUCUUCGAACAGGAUUCAUGAAAUUGUUACCAACCAGAACUAAGUUAGUCGAAUUCUCGAAAUCAAUGGGAAUUCUGAAUGGAAUCGUUUCUAUGGGAUCAUCAUUUGCUCCAUGGAUCUGCACCUUGAUAACAAAACUAUUUUUUGACAUGCCAAAUUGAAGCUAUCGGUAUUAUGAUAGUAAUAUCAAGAAAUGAAAUGAAGAUUAAUCAUGUCAGAAAAUUAUAUCACCGAGUGUGUUUGGUUGAAACGAAAACUACAUAUUAAUUUCAUAUCUAUCCUUCGAAUUCGAAUAUUAAGCGUCAACCGUGGUCCAUCCAAUCAAAGGGAUUGAUUUGUCUUACUCCAUCCCAGGUCUUCCAUUAAAAAAAUGAUGGCAUCUUUCUGAUACUCUGUUUUCUAUUUUUUCGAUCGAUGGUUGCAUAGAAUAAAACUUGAACUUGAUGUAUUAAACAAAAAGAAAAUCAUUUCAAUUAAAAGCGCACCAAAGCCGAGUGUAUUAUCUGUAUCCGCUGAAUAUGAAAUAAUUUCAAAAUGGCGCACGUUAAUUUCGUUGGCAUUUUACCGUCAGUCUGAAAUGUCAAACUUUAAAAGGUAAAGCAGGCAACACCUGGUUGAUAGAGCACUUAAAAACGCCUGACAGGUGAUUGGUUGGGCCUUGUUCAAUAUAUUUUUUUUGUUGGUCACCCAUAAGUUUUUCUUCUAAUCAACGAGUUACUUUUCAUGGGACCAUUACCCCCCCCCCCGGCUUGUACUUGUCACCCUUUCGAUAAGUCAUUUGUUGAAAAAAAUUAGCAUAAAUAGACUGGUAAGGUGUCUUAGAGUUGAUAUUGGAAAUUAUCUCCUUUCUCUGAUGACAAACAUUGGUAGUAAUUGUAAAGAAAUGUAUUAUUAAUGACAUUUAUCAAAGAACAGCUUUAUGAUUAAAAAAAAAAUCGAUGUUUACAAUGCCUAUCGCAUGAAACUGAAUGUAAAAAUUCAUAGGCCGUAUAUAAAAAUGAUUGUUUUAGAAGCAUUCUUUACUUCUGAAAUUCCAUUCUCUUUUCAUAUUUUUAUCGAGAAAAUUGUACCAGAAAUAAUAGCUAAAAUGAAGAAAAUCUUGAAAGUAUCUCCAAUUCAAAAACAACAAACAAAUCUUUAUAAUCUCAAGUGUGUCUAAAGUAGUAGAGAACCUGGUUUGAAAACAACUUGUAUAUGUUUUAUUACUCAGACUAUGUCAAUUGUGUGGCACUUUUAUAUCUAAUAACUUAUGAUCUGAUGUUUCUAGCACUUAAAUAUUAAUAGCAAUUUCAUUUUUUUAUUUGUUCAGAAAACAGAGAGGCAAUCAAGCGGCAGAGCACCGUAGUAUGUUAAUAAUCUUUUUAAUAAUUUUUUUCAAUAUACGUAACAAUGGCGAGUUAUGAAUACAAUGACGAGUGUAUCAUUUAAUUUUUCGGUAAUCACUAUUAGGAUAUGUCAAUUGGCUAUUUCAUUCACAGUAGUAGGUAGAACAAACCUGAAUGCUCUGCCUGAAUAUUUGUUCUUGCACGCAAAAGACUUUAUCUUAACGAUAGUAGUACCAAGAUAUUUUUAUGUAAACGUUUUGUUGACACGCUGCUGAAUGGGAAGAAGACCAAACAUAAUUUGAAACGCAUUCUCAAUGUGAUUGAUAACUUGUCUCCUACCACAC